ACUUAUAAUUUAAUCAUUGUUCCCUUAUUUGAAUCAACUCAAAAACUAGUAGUAGUAUACUACUCGUAUUAGUAUUACUUAUUAUGUGGGAAAAAAAAAAAAAAACUUUUUGAAGUCAAAAUAAACAAAGGGGCAAACCAGACGCCGCGUCUGUUAAACAAUCGCACACUAUAACCGAGAUUAUUUCCUUAUAUUGCAUGCAGAUUUUGUGUAACAGUAUUUCUCUUCUUCUCUAACUCUUCACUUUCCUCCCAUAUUUAUCUCUUUCCAUCCAUAUAUUUACACAUAAAAUUAAUAGUCGUUAAUUUUUCUAUAUUACCCAAAAUCCCCACCCAAUAAAAAUCGCCUAUUUAUAGGAACAAGAAGUAUGCUAAAACCCUUGUAAGUCCACCCCACUCUACCAAAUCUGUCAAACGGCGAUGGAGAGAAAUCCUUAUAACUCCGUUAACCCGGAAAACAGCUCUGGUAUGCCUGAAAAUAACAACUCCGUUAACCCAUCUCACCGUAACUACAGCUUUACAGAGUUUCAUCCAAGAAACAACAACAACAUUCAUCAUACCUCUCUUGAAUCUUCUUUUUCCCGUUUAUCUGUUAACGGUGAUCAUCAUCACCUGCAACAAACGCCGUCGUUUCGUACUUCUUCUAAUAACGGUGAUUCUUUGUUGAUGGGCCGUUUGAGAGCUCAACACAGUGCUGAUUAUUGUCAAGCUUUAAUCCGGGCCCACCAGAAUGGGGCCCACCAGAAUCUGAAUCUUGUGGGCCCAACACACAACAACAUUCUCCCAAGAAUGUUGAAUCUACAACCAUGGCCACAACAGCAACAACUACUAUAUAGUGAAGAUGAUGAUUACUUGAGAUGUAACUAUGACGUGUCAAAUUCUGGUUUUCCUCACUUGCAGACCACGUCACCAUUAUUGCCUAGGGAACCCACUGCUCAGUUCCAAAUUUUACCAUGUUUAAAGGAUUAUAACCAUUUUGAACAUCUAGUUUCGUCCAAUUUUGUACCAAGAAAUCUGAAUUUUAGGGGACCCAAUGCAAAGGUGAAUCAAGAAUUGGCUAGCUGGAAUGAACAAAUUGAUUUAAUGGGUAGUAAUAGUGAUUUGAGAGGAAAAGUGGUUAAUGCUGCAAAGGAUCAACAUGGGAGUAAAAUGUUGCAGGCUAAUCUUGAGAAAGGGAAUAAUGAAGAAAUUGAAAUUGUACUUAGUGAGGUGGUUGAGUAUGUUGGUGAUUUGAUGAAGAAUCAGUCUGGUAGUUAUGUUAUUCAAAAGCUUUUUGUUGUGUGUAACGAGGAGCAAAGGACAACUAUUAUUCAAGCAAUUACAAGAAAUAGCCAUCAGUUUAUUGGUAUUUGUUUCAGCCAACAUGGGGCUAGAGCAAUGCAGAAAUUGUUGGACAACCUUAGUACUCCACAGCAAAGAUCAUUGAUAUUAUCUGCUAUAACUCCUGUUGCUGUUGCAUUGGCUAAUGAUCAAAGUGGUCAACACGUGAUACAAUAUUGUGUCAAGACAUUCUCUAUUGAGUACACCAGGCAUCUUCUCAAAGAAAUUGCAAAUAACUGCUUUGCAAUUGCAACCCAAAAAAGCGGGUGCUGUGUGCUGCAGUCAUGCGUAGAGUCCGCUCGCGGAGAACUCCGAGAUCGCCUGAUAACUGAGAUAUUAACAAAUGCAGUGCAGCUAUCAGAAGAUCAAUACGGCAACUAUGUGGUGCAACAUCUUGUGGGACUGAAGUUACCAAGAGUUACAGAAACUUUACUGGAUAGGCUUCAAGGAAACUUUGUGACUCUCUCAUGCAAUAAGUAUGCUAGUAAUGUUGUUGAGAAAAUUAUCCUCGAGUCAGGAGAAGAGCACUCCACGAGAAUUAUCUCCGAGUUGCUCAGAAGCUCAAGUGCUUCAACGCUACUGGUGGACCCUUAUGGUAACUUUGUCAUCCAGACAGCACUGCAAAUUGCAAAGGGCCAUGUCUUCAAUGCUCUCUGUAACCUAAUCACCUUGAAUUCUCCAUCAAUGCAAAGUAACCUUUACGGGAAGAAGAUCCUUGAUCGGUUGUUUAGCAAGAAGGACCCUCUACAUUGUACAAGAUUUUACAAGCGACAGGUAUAAGUUAACUCGAGAGUAGUUGACACCACUACUGUGCCUUCAUUCUUUUGAUUUGUCUGAUGGAAUUUCGGGUUUAGUAGCAUCCAUCUAGUAUCUAUUGUUCUCUCUUAUGUUGUUUGUUUUCUAUGUAAGUUAAAGAUCUGAACUUGUAGGAGCAUAAAGCUGAGUAUGCAAGCGCACCUCAAUGUGUACUGUAUAUUUUUGGUUGUCUUGUUGGUUGUUAUAUCAUAAUAUAGGGCAUGUAGACAAUAUUUGUUGAAUAAGUAAUCUUAUAAUGUUUGUUUUAUACGAAGGGUAACUAUUGCUUAAUGUGA